AGCCCGCACCGCGCCGCAGGGGCCGCGCAGAGCCUCCCUGGAUCCCUCCGAUUUGCCUGUAUUUUAAUUCUUUAAUUUAUUUAAUUUUAAAUUUUUUUGUUUUGUUUUUUACGAAGGAGGGAGAGGAAAGCGGAAAAAACACCCCCGGCUUCCCGGGAAAAAAAAAAAAAGAAAAAAAAACAAACCCAAGAAAAAAAAUGAGCCAGAAUGUCUGAGAAAAUGUCCAGCUUUCUGUAUAUCGGGGACAUCGUGUCCCUGUACGCCGAGGGCUCCGUGAACGGGUUCAUCAGCACGCUGGGGUUAGUGGAUGACCGAUGUGUGGUUCAGCCAGAGGCUGGUGACCUUGCUAAUCCUCCAAAGAAGUUCAGAGAUUGCCUUUUCAAGGUGUGUCCCAUGAACAGAUACUCAGCCCAGAAGCAGUACUGGAAAGCCAAGCAAGCCAAACAAGGAAACCACACUGAAGCAGCACUGCUGAAGAAACUCCAACAUGCAGCAGAGCUGGAACAAAAGCAGAAUGAAAGUGAGAACAGAAAGCUGCUGGGCGAGAUUGUAAAAUACAGCAAUGUCAUACAGCUGCUGCAUAUAAAAAGUAACAAGUACCUCACAGUCAAUAAGAGGCUGCCAGCCCUGUUGGAGAAGAAUGCCAUGAGGGUGUCUCUGGAUGCUGCAGGGAACGAGGGAUCCUGGUUUUAUAUCCAGCCCUUCUGGAAGCUGAGAAGUGAGGGUGACAAUGUUGUUGUGGGAGAUAAAGUUGUUCUCAUGCCAGUCAAUGCAGGGCAGCCUCUGCAUGCUAGCAAUAUUGAGCUCCUGGAUAACCCUGGCUGCAAAGAGGUAAAUGCUGUCAACUGUAACACAAGCUGGAAAAUAACUUUGUUCAUGAAAUUCAGUAGUUAUCGAGAUGAUGUCCUGAAAGGAGGAGAUGUCGUCAGGCUAUUCCAUGCAGAGCAAGAGAAGUUUCUGACCUGUGAUGAAUAUGAGAAGAAACAGCAUAUUUUCCUCCGUACUACAUUACGUCAGUCAGCCACUUCUGCAACGAGUUCUAAAGCACUGUGGGAAAUAGAGGUUGUCCAUCACGACCCUUGCCGGGGAGGGGCAGGACAGUGGAACAGCUUGUUUAGGUUUAAGCAUUUGGCAACUGGGAACUACUUGGCUGCAGAGCUUAACCCACGCUAUCCAGAAGUUAAUAAUGAAGGAAAAGCUUUGCAGAGAGAAGGCGACCUUCCUGCUUCAAAGAAGAAGCGCCAGGCAGGGGAGAAGAUUAUGUAUACUUUGGUCUCUGUGCCACAUGGAAAUGACAUCGCAUCUCUCUUUGAACUGGAUGCCACCACUCUUCAGAGAGCUGAUUGCCUGGUUCCAAGGAACUCCUAUGUCCGACUGAGGCAUUUAUGCACUAACACUUGGGUCACCAGUACCAGCAUUCCAAUAGACACUGAUGAGGAGAGGCCUGUGAUGUUAAAGAUUGGGACGUGCCAAACCAAAGAGGACAAGGAAGCUUUUGCCAUUGUGUCAGUUCCUCUGUCUGAGGUCAGAGACUUGGACUUUGCUAAUGAUGCAAACAAGGUUUUAGCAUCAACAGUUAAAAAGCUGGAGAAUGGAACAAUAACCCAGAAUGAAAGAAGGUUUGUAACCAAGUUACUGGAAGAUCUCAUUUUCUUUGUUGCUGAUGUGCCUAAUAAUGGGCAGGAAGUUUUGGAUGUGAUCGUUACCAAGCCAAACCGGGAACGACAGAAACUAAUGAGGGAACAAAACAUAUUGGCUCAGAUAUUUGGCAUCCUCAAAGCUCCUUUUAAGGACAAAGGUGAAGGAUCGAUGCUGAGACUUGAAGACCUGGGUGACCAGAGAUAUGCUCCCUACAAAUAUGUGUUGAGAUUAUGUUACAGAGUUCUCAGACAUUCCCAACAGGACUAUAGGAAGAACCAGGAAUAUAUUGCUAAGAACUUCUGUGUCAUGCAGUCCCAGAUUGGUUAUGAUAUUCUGGCAGAAGACACCAUCACAGCUUUGUUGCACAACAACAGAAAACUGCUAGAGAAACACAUCACAGCUAAAGAAAUAGAGACAUUUGUGAAUUUACUCAGGAGAAAUCGAGAGCCAAGAUUCUUGGAUUAUCUGUCGGACCUGUGUGUAUCCAACACCACAGCAAUACCAGUAACUCAGGAACUCAUCUGCAAGUUUAUGCUGAGCCCAGGGAAUGCUGACAUUCUCAUUCAGACCAAGCUGGUUUCAACACAAAUGGACAAUCCCUUGGAAUGCCCAGUCAUCUCAGAUGAUGUGGAUGAAGAGGAAGUGUGGCUUUAUUGGAUUGACAGUAACAAGGAGCCUCAUGGCAAAGCCAUCAGACAUCUGGCUCAGGAGGCGAAGGAGGGCACGAAAGCUGAUUUAGAAGUUCUAACCUACUACAGGUACCAACUGAACCUCUUUGCAAGGAUGUGCCUGGACCGCCAAUAUCUCGCCAUUAACCAGAUUUCUGCCCAGCUCUCAGUAGACUUGAUCCUACGGUGCAUGUCUGAUGAAAGCCUCCCCUACGACCUCCGGGCUUCCUUCUGUCGGCUGAUGCUACACAUGCAUGUGGACAGAGAUCCUCAGGAAUCUGUGGUGCCUGUCAAAUAUGCCAGAUUGUGGACUGAAAUUCCUACUAAGAUCACAAUCCAUGAGUAUGAUUCCUUCACUGAUUCUUCGAGGAAUGAAAUGAAGACCAAGUUUGCACUAACUAUGGAAUUUGUAGAAGAGUACUUGAAAGAAGUUGUGAAUCAACCCUUUCCUUUUGGAGACAAAGAGAAAAAUAAACUUACAUUUGAGGUGGUACAUCUGGCUCGAAACCUCAUAUACUUUGGCUUUUAUAGUUUUAGUGAGCUCCUCAGACUGACCCGGACACUGCUGGCAAUCCUGGAUAUUGUUCAAGUUCCUAUAUCGUCCUACUUCGAAAGGCUGAGCAAGUUUCAGGAUGGAGGAAACAACGUUAUGAGGACCAUCCAUGGGGUAGGAGAGAUGAUGACCCAGAUGGUGCUGAGCAGAGGGUCUGUGUUUCCCAUCAGCACCCCUGAUAUACAGCCAAGCAUUCACCCAAGCAAGCAAGCCAGCCCUGCAGAUAGUGAAGAUGUGAUAGUAAUGGACACCAAACUGAAAAUCAUUGAGAUUUUGCAGUUUAUUCUCAGUGUCAGACUGGACUAUAGAAUAUCCUACAUGCUGUCUAUCUAUAAGAGAGAGUUUGGGGAAAACAAUGAAAACGCUGAUUGCUCCACAACAUCCCCACCUGACACACCAGGGACUGCCUCAGCAAUCGUUCCUGACAUAGAUGAAAUUGCAGCUCAAGCUGAAACCAUGUUUGCUGGCAGAAAAGAGAAGAAUGCAGUUCAGCUGGACGAUGAAGGGGGCAGAACUUUCUUGAGGGUCCUCAUUCACCUCAUCAUGCAUGACUACCCUCCAUUGCUCUCAGGUGCUCUGCACCUCCUAUUUAAGCACUUCAGCCAGAGAGCAGAAGUUCUGCAAGCAUUUAAACAGGUUCAGUUGCUGGUGUCCAAUCAAGAUGUGGAUAACUACAAGCAAAUCAAGGCUGAUCUUGAUCAGCUCCGCCUGACUGUGGAAAAAUCAGAAUUGUGGGUUGAGAAGAGCAGCAAUUAUGAGAGUGGAGAGGUGGGCGACAAUCAGACCAAAGGGGGAGAGGAGCCACUGGAGGAGUCAAACAUUUUGAGCCCAAUCCAGGAUGGGACCAAAAAACCCCAGAUAGACAGCAUUAAAAGCAAUAACUACAAUAUUGUUAAAGAGAUUUUGAUUCGACUCAGCAAACUGUGUGUUCAGAAUAAAAAAGGUCGGAACCAACAGCAGCGAUUGCUGAAAAAUAUGGGUGCCCACUUGGUGGUCUUGGACCUUCUGCAGAUCCCCUAUGAAAAGAGUGAUGAAAAGAUGAAUGAAGUUAUGAAUCUAGCCCACACUUUUCUUCAGAAUUUCUGUCGAGGAAAUCCUCAGAAUCAAGUUCUCCUCCACAAAAAUCUCAACUUGUUCUUAACUCCAGGGCUGCUGGAAGCUGAAACCAUGAGGCACAUCUUCAUGAACAACUACCUCCUGUGUAAUGAGAUCAGUGAGAGGGUGGUGCAGCACUUUGUGCACUGCAUCGAGACCCACGGGCGGCACGUGGAGUACCUGCGAUUCCUACAGACCAUCGUGAAAGCAGAUGGCAAAUAUGUGAAAAAAUGCCAGGACAUGGUAAUGACAGAGCUGAUAAAUGGUGGUGAAGAUGUACUGAUAUUCUACAACGACAGAGCAUCAUUUCCAGUCCUGCUUCAAAUGAUGUGUUCGGAGCGAGACCGAGCCGAUGAAAGCGGGCCUUUGGCGUAUCACGUCACUCUGGUGGAGCUGCUGGCAGCUUGUACAGAGGGAAAGAAUGUGUACACAGAGAUCAAGUGCAAUUCCCUCCUGCCACUGGAUGAUAUAGUGAGGGUAGUGACCCAUGAUGACUGCAUUCCUGAGGUGAAAAUUGCCUAUGUUAAUUUUGUUAACCACUGUUAUGUGGACACUGAAGUGGAAAUGAAAGAAAUCUAUGCCAGUAACCAUAUUUGGAAGCUAUUUGAGAACUUCCUUGUUGAUAUGGCAAGGGUUUGCAACACAACCACAGAUCGUAAACAUGCAGACACAUCUCUGGAGAAAUAUGUCACUGAGCCUGUAAUGAACAUUGUGAGUGGCUUCUUCAAUUCUCCAUUUUCAGACAACAGCACCAGCCUCCAGACACACCAGCCUGUUUUUAUUCAGCUGCUGCAAUCUGCUUUUAGAAUUUACAACUGUACCUGGCCAAACCCAACACAGAAAGCCUCAGUGGAGUCAUGUAUCAAGACUUUGGCUGAAGUGGCAAAGAACCGUGGGAUUGCAAUUCCAGUGGAUUUGGACAGCCAGGUCAACACCUUGUUCAUGAAGAGCCACUCUAACAUGGUGCAGAGGGCAGCCAUGGGGUGGAGAAUGUCAGCCCGCAGUGGACCUCGCUUCAAAGAAGCUCUUGGUGGGCCUGCCUGGGAUUACAGGAAUAUCAUAGAAAAACUGCAGGAUGUGGUGUCCUCCUUGGAGCAGCAGUUCACUCCCAUGAUGCAGGCUGAGUUCUCGGUGCUGGUUGAUGUGCUGCACAGUCCAGAGCUCCUUUUUCCUGAGGGGAGUGAUGCCAGGAUAAGAUGUGGUGCUUUCAUGUCCAAGUUGAUUAACCACACAAAGAAGCUCAUGGAGAAAGAAGAAAAGCUCUGCAUUAAAAUUCUUCAGACAUUACGAGAAAUGCUUGACAAGAAAACUAACUUUGCAGAAGAGGGCAACACUUUAAGGAAAAUACUCCUGUAUCGCUACUUUAAAGGGGAAUAUGGAAGUGGUAUGAAUGGGCCCCUGUCUGCCAGCUACAGCAAAACUGCACAAGUGGGAGGUGGAUUUUCGGGACAAGACUUGGAUAAAUCUGGGGUGACCAUGUUUGAUAUUCAGUGCCUUCUGGAUAAAGAAGGUGCCUCGGAACUGGUUAUAGAUGUCAUAGUAAACACCAGGAAUGACAGGAUUUUCUCAGAAGGCAUUUUGCUUGGCAUUGCGUUGCUUGAAGGUGGAAAUACGCAAACACAGUAUUCGACCUACCAGCAACUGAAGGAGCAAAAGAAGUCAGAGAAAUUCUUUAAGGUGCUGUAUGACCGCAUGAAAGCUGCUCAGCAGGAGAUCAGAUCAACAGUGACAGUGAACACUAUUGAUCUGGGGAGCAAAAAGAAAGAGGAUGACAGUGACCUCACCAUAUCUGUUCCCAAAAAGAGAGUUAAGGAUUCAACCCUGCAUCUGAAAGAGGGUAUGAAAGGACAGUUAACAGAGGCAUCUUCUGCAACAUCCAAGGCUUACUCUGUGUAUAGGAGAGAAAUGGACCCAGAAAUAGAUCUCAUGGGCUCAGGAACAGAUGCUGCAAAUGCAGAAGAGAAGUCCACAGAAGAAGCAAUCAUGAGCCCUGCCAUUGCAAUCAUGCAGCCAAUACUGAGAUUUCUUCAGCUGCUGUGUGAGAACCACAACCGAGAGCUCCAGAAUUUUUUAAGACAUCAAAACAAUAAAACAAAUUACAACCUCGUUUGUGAGACCCUUCAGUUUCUGGACUGCAUCUGCGGAAGCACAACAGGUGGGCUGGGCUUGUUGGGGCUUUACAUCAAUGAGAGGAAUGUGGCUCUUGUCAACCAGACACUGGAAAGCCUUACUGAGUAUUGCCAAGGUCCAUGCCAUGAAAACCAGACAUGCAUAGCCACCCAUGAGUCUAAUGGGAUUGAUAUUAUAAUUGCACUCAUCUUGAAUGACAUAAACCCUCUUGGCAAAUACUGCAUGGACUUGGUACUUCAGCUGAAGAACAAUGCCUCCAAGCUUUUGUUGGCUAUUAUGGAAAGCAGGCAAGACAGUGAGAACGCGGAAAGAAUCCUUUUCAACAUGAGACCAAGAGAACUGGUGGACGUGAUGAAGAAUGCCUAUAACCAAGGCCUCGACUGUGACCACGAGGAGGAGAACGGAGAUGAUGGCAUCUCCCCAAAAGAUGUUGGCCAUAAUAUCUAUAUUUUGGCCCAUCAGUUGGCUCGUCACAAUAAAACAUUGCAACAGAUGCUGAAGCCAGGGUCAGAUCCAGAUGAAGGAGAUGAAGCCUUGAGGUUUUAUGCCAAACAUACUGCACAGAUAGAGAUUGUUCGCCAUGAUAGAACAAUGGAACAGAUCGUCUUCCCUGUCCCCAAUAUUUGUGAAUUCCUCACUCGGGAAUCCAAAAGUCGAGUGUUCAAUACAACAGAGAGAGAUGAACAAGGCAGCAAAGUCAAUGACUUUUUCCAGCAGACAGAGGAUCUGUACAAUGAGAUGAAAUGGCAAAAGAAAAUUAGGAAUAAUCAAGCCCUGUUUUGGUUCUCCAGACACAUCUCUCUCUGGGGGAGCAUUUCCUUCAACCUAGCUGUGUUCAUCAAUUUAGCAGUUGCUCUCUUCUACCCUUUUGGAGAUGAUGGAGAUGAAGGCACACUCUCACCGUUGUUUUCCGUGCUUCUCUGGAUAGCAGUGGCAUUUUGUACAGCAAUGCUGUUUUUCAUCUCCAAGCCCGUUGGUAUUCGCCCCUUUUUGGUGUCUGUUAUUCUCAGGUCCAUAUAUACCAUAGGGCUCGGUCCUACCUUGAUACUUCUCGGUGCUGCUAAUCUUUGUAACAAAAUAGUGUUUCUGGUGAGCUUUGUUGGGAACCGUGGCACUUUCACCCGUGGCUACAGGGCGGUCAUCAUGGACAUGGCUUUUCUCUACCACGUGGCAUAUGUCCUGGUCUGCAUGCUGGGCCUCUGUGUGCAUGAAUUCUUCUACAGUUUCCUGCUGUUUGAUCUGGUGUACAGGGAAGAGACAUUGCUAAAUGUGAUAAAAAGUGUUACCCGGAAUGGUCGUUCAAUUAUCCUCACUGCAGUGCUGGCACUUAUCCUGGUUUAUCUCUUCUCCAUCAUUGGUUUCCUCUUCCUGAAGGAUGACUUUAUCAUGGAGGUCGACAGGUUGAAAAUCAGGACCCCUGCUGCAGGUAUUAGUGAAGUCCCCACUACAACCCUCACAUCAAUGAUGGGAGCCUGUCCAAAAGAGAACUGUUCCACAAGCAUCCCAGUUAUUAACCCAGGUGAAGAGGAGGAAGAUGGAAUAGAAAGGACCUGUGACACCCUGCUCAUGUGCAUUGUGACCGUAUUAAAUCAAGGCCUGAGGAAUGGUGGUGGUGUGGGAGACGUGCUCAGGAAGCCUUCCAAAGAUGAGCCCUUGUUUGCUGCACGAGUUGUUUAUGAUCUUCUGUUUUACUUCAUUGUCAUAAUUAUUGUUCUAAACCUGAUCUUUGGAGUCAUCAUUGAUACAUUUGCUGAUCUCAGGAGUGAAAAGCAGAAAAAGGAGGAGAUACUAAAGACAACCUGUUUCAUCUGUGGACUGGAGAGAGACAAAUUUGAUAACAAGACCGUUUCAUUUGAGGAGCAUAUAAAGUCAGAGCACAACAUGUGGCAUUAUUUGUACUUUAUAGUCCUUGUCAAAGUCAAAGAUCCGACUGAAUACACUGGCCCAGAGAGCUACGUGGCACAGAUGAUUGUGGAGAAGAAUUUGGACUGGUUCCCUCGGAUGAGAGCCAUGUCCCUGGUUAGCAAUGAAGGCGACAGUGAGCAGAACGAAAUCAGGAACCUGCAAGAGAGGCUGGAGUCAACCAUGAGCCUUGUGAAACAACUUUCCAGUCAGCUCGCUGAGCUCAAGGAACAGAUGACAGAACAAAGGAAGAAUAAGCAGAGGCUGGGCUUUCUUGGAUCAAACACACCCCAUGUGAAUCAUCACAUGCCACCACCCUGAUACCACGGGGAGAAGCCGUGACUAGCCUUUCAUCAGUAUUCCCGCUUUAUUAUAGAAUAAAAAAACUGAGAUUGAGAGGAGUGAACAGUGCCUAUUGUUGCAAAGUUAAAAACAACCAAGUGCCAAGAUGUUAAGUGGUUUAGCUCUGGGAACAAUUUGUAGCUGUUUUUCAUGGUUGAAAGGGACCACAACCUAGAAUGUGAGAGAUACAAGGGAGCUCGUUUGUAUUCUUCGACUCGACGGCUUCGGUGGUGGCUGCGACGGAGGUUGGGCAGCGUUUGGCUGCAUCCUGGGAGCUGAUUUCUCCCUAAAGCACUGGGAUAACGGAGCUGAGCAGAAGAAGGAGAGAUGUUUAUUAACACAAAUACGAGAGCCUGGAUCAGAUUCAAUAGGUUGUCUCUGGCUUAUUUGCCAAAUAGCAACAUUAGUCAUAUUUGCUUGGCAUUUACUAUUUUUUAAUUACCAUAAAUAUGUCUGUCGGGUGAGCAAUAAUGUUGCUUCAAGUAACUUCUACUUGGAGGGAAAGGGGAGAAGCCUCAAAAGACUGGAGGAAAAAAAAAAAAGAAAAAAUAGAAAAAGAGUUGCAAAGAGAAACAUUAACGCUUUUGAAUUUUAGCUGUCACCAUGCAAUUUCUUAUUUAUAACAUGGAGCACAAUGGAUCUACAGCUGUGGGAAUGUUAUGCACAUAACACUGACAACAUAACUGGAAGUGAUUUCUUUCUCCUGGCUUCACAUGUUUUUGAUUAAUGUGGCCAUGAGAUUUCACAUACAGAGGAGUUAAACUGUGUUUUAAAUUCAAGUUCCAAUGGAGGAUUCAGGACAAAAAAAAAAAAUAUACUUGUAGUUUGAAGUGUGUAUGGGAUUUUAUUUUUUUAAAAAAGCUUAGAAAUAUCUUUCUGUAUGGAGCUGUAAUGGUGUCAAUUACCUUCCAUAAACUCAUCUUCAGUGAGAGUUGACUUGAGUAAAUAAGCACCGUAUUCUGCCAGCUUUUCUUCUGAGCUAAAGAUCAUGGGCUUAUGCUUUUGCUUGCCCUCCUUGCUUUUAAGGGCUGGCAGGCCUGGCCUGGCUGGUGGGGGACAGGGGGGCAGUAUCAGAGGAGCUCCUUCCAGCUCUGGGCUCUAUGAAAGGCAGCAACCAAAUCACUUGUGCAGGUUUUUGCUGUAUCUUGUAUUUCUUGGGAUGGCUUAAAAGAAAAGUUACAGGGUUUCCACAGAGCCUCAGAGGGCUCUUGUGUCCUUUAGGAGAAGACUUUUUGUGGCACAAAUGGGAAUUGUGUUCUCAGUUCACUUUCAUUUUCAGUGGGUUUUGGUUACCAGAUUGUCUUGGUGCAUUUGAAAAUGCACCUCUGUUACAUGGAGUUGCUAUUUAAACCAAAAUCUUUUUGCAGUGAUUUUUCCUCUAUAACCUUUUCAUUUUGUUAUAAAUGCCAUUUUGAUCAAAGGUGAAAAUAUUGGCUCCAAUAUUCCCAGUUUCUCCUUGUAGAAAUGCUGUUUUCUUAUUUAAGGCACAAUUCAAACCAGCAGACGUAGAGUAAAGGGAAGGAAGGGGCAUUUCACUCUCUUUAUCCCAAAUUCAAACCUAUUCUUGAAGCUUUUUUCUUUUUUUUUUUUUUUGUGGCAAUGAUAUGGCUGAGAUAAAAAUAAUAUACUUUAGGGUCUGAUUCUUCUACCAUUGAAACAUUUCCCGUUGUUUUCAAUUGUGUCCUUCAAAAAUAUCAGAAAUGGCACAAGGCCAGUGAAAGUGAGUGGUGGUAGACUGAAUUUUCUUCCACUCCUCUGCUGAUGGGCUCACAGCCUGGCUGCUGCCAGGCAUCAGCUGCUCCCCAGGCCAGAGGGAGUGUGUGGAGACAGCAGGAGGUGGGUGGCACUGGUCGGUGCCAUGUCUUUACCUCUGAGGCAUGAGUAGAUGUGGCUGUGGCGUGGUGAGCUGGUGGUAGGGAAGCUGCUAGGUCAAAGGAGAGAACAGAAAAGCAGCUGUCUUCAGUAUUUUAGGGAUAAAUCUUGGAGUGUGCCUUUCCUUCACGCUUGCUGUGUAUGAGGUCUUGAUGCUACUGCUCCGGCAUCGCUUUGGUGGGAAAAACCCCUUCCAUGAGCCUCGCUGGCCAGUGAGGAUGGGGCUUCAUGUGGUGUUUAGCACCCAGGGGCUUGCAGUGAAUUAAUUUUGGGAGUUUGCAUCAGCCACAACUGUAACCAGCCACUGGUGUAACAUACAACCCUACCUGCCUCUGACUAGACCUGCUGUACGUCACAAAGCCAAAGGAGUUGCCCACAAACGUAAAGUCAGCACUAAGUUGCUGAAGACUCAGACCCUGCAGCUGUAUCAGUUCAAAUUAAUUUAUGCAGUUCACCAGAUCUAGUCACAGCUUCUGUUGCAACAGCAAUUUCCUCUUCCUCACACGUGUGGUUAUUAGAGGCAUAUAAAGCACAGUUCAAUUAUAAGAUAAAUUAAGCUAUCAUUAUUUAUUGAAGGGGGUGGGUGGUUGGCUAAUACUGGAAUUGGUUGGCACUUUUCUUGUUUACACUCAGAAAAAGCAGCUGUGCCACUGCACACCAAGGGAGGUUUCUGCUGCUGGAGCUGGGAAAACUUGAGGCUCGAUGGAUUUGUGCCCUGAGCUCAGGCCUGCAGUUGGGUGCUGCUGGUGCUCUCUCUGUCCUGCACCCCAAAGGAUGUCUCCUAAGGCUCCAGAGCACAAGUACUGCUCCUCAGAAGGGAGAGCUGCAGCAUCAAAAAGAAAGAGCUGACAGAUAUUGGCUUGCCUUUGCCACGGUGCCUUCCCAGUGUCGAUAGCUUUCCAAGAGAGACCUCUGUAAUCAGUGACAGUAGGUGAUGCUACUUGCACAGAUUGUAUAUAUAUUUCACUGAGAGUUUUGGCAUUUUUGCUGUUUCUGUCAAAACUGCCCUGCUCUCAUCCAUGUGAGCGAUCUGUACACUCACAUGGGGUAACUUAAACAGGAGGCUGCUUGUGUGGGUAGUAGUUGCAGGGCCAGAUCCAAGAUUUAAAGGUUGUGAAACAUCCCAUCAAUGAGUUUAUAACAAAAAAACAUUGUUUUAUACAUAUAUUUAUAUGUAUAUCUUUGUUUAAUGCAGCUGGGGUAUCCUCUUCUUAGGCAGGCAUCAUUUACCUUACCUAUUUAUAUGAAAUGAUUGCAAAAGUUAAAACAUCUAAGAGCUUUUAAUGCCUUAGAGGGAUUUAUAAUUAUAAGCUCCUUGACAAUUAAAAUCUACUUAAGUAAAUAUGUCCAUGGCUGCUGAAUGUAACUUUUAAUAAAGUGUGUCAUUUUA